CCGCCUGUCCCAGCCCGGCCCGGCAUGGCGGAGCGGGAGCUGCCGCUGCCGGUGCCGGUGCGGGCAGCGGAGGCGCUGCCGCUGCGGGCGCGGUUGAGCUUCGCGGCCGGGCACUUCCAGAACGACGCCUGUGCCGCGCUGUGGUUCACGUACCUGCUGCUGUUCCUGCACAGCGCGCUCGGCUUCGGGCACCGCGCCGCGGGCGCGCUGCUGCUGGCGGGGCAGCUCGCGGACGGGCUCUGCACGCCGCUGCUCGGCUACGAGACCGACCGCUCCGCCGGCUGCGGCCGCUACGGCAGGAGGAAGUCCUGGCACCUCGCCGGCACCACAUGUGUCCUUGUGUCCUUCCCCUUCAUCUUCAACCCCUGCCUGGCCUGCAAGGAGAACACACCACAGUGGGCAGCCUUCAUCUACUACCUCCCCUUCAUCAUCAUCUUCCAGUUCGGCUGGGCAGCCACACAGGUCUCCCACCUCUCCCUCAUCCCCGAGCUGGUGACCAGUGACCAUGAGAAGGUGGAGCUCACAGCUUUCCGGUAUGCCUUCACCGUCAUGGCCAAUAUCACUGUCUAUGGCCUGGCCUGGCUCCUGCUGAACUUCCAGGUGGACCAGCCUGACCGCAUAGAGCACUUAGGCCCCCAGGAUGUACCUGUAUUCCGGAACCUGUCCCUCAUUGUGGUGGGGCUGGGGGCCUUGUUCUCCCUCAUCUUCCACCUGGGGACCAAAGAGAAGCCGUACCUGCGGGGCUCAUCAGCCCAGCCAGAGGAGAGCACCCCCCUGCUGCAGAAGGAGCCCAUGAGCCCCCCGCGUCCGCUGCUGAUCUGGAGGGACUGGCUGUGGGAACCUGCCUUCUAUCAGGUCGCGGUGCUCUACAUGGCCACGCGGCUCAUUGUCAACCUGUCCCAGGCCUACAUUGCCAUGUACCUGACCAACUCGCUGAUGCUGCCCAAGAAGUACAUCGCCACCAUCCCCCUGGUGAUGUAUGUCAGUGGCUUCCUCUCCUCCUUCCUCAUGAAGCCUGUGAAUAAGUGGUUGGGUCGAAAUCUGACCUACUUCGUGGGCAUUCUGGUGAUCCUCACCUUCGCCUCCUGGGUGACCCUGGUCAAGCAGAUGGGAGCAGAGAUCUACGGGGCGGCCGUGCUGCUUGGGGCUGGCUCUGCCACCAUCCUGGUCACCUCCCUCUCCAUGACAGCGGAUCUCAUCGGCGCUAACACGCGCAGCAGCGCGUUCGUCUACGGCGCCAUGAGCUUCACGGACAAGAUGGCCAACGGCCUGGCCGUGAUGGCGAUCCAGAACCUGCACCCGUGCCCGACCGAGCUCUGCUGCUCUGAGUGUGCCAGCUUCUACCACUGGGUGAUGGUGGGGGUCACCGGAGGCAUUGCCGUCGCCGCCAUUGCCUGUCUGUGCUGCAUCAUGGUGUGGCCAAUCCACAUCCGCUACCAUGCCGUCUGCCUGCGGGGGCUGAGCAGCGCGGGGCCCCCCUGCGCCGGGACCGAGAGCGCGGAGGGAAGGGGCCGGAGCACCAGCAUCAACUGAGCCGGGGCCGAGCCCCUGCACCAUGAGCUCUGCUGGGGGGGACCGCGCUGCGCCGGGCCCCUCGGGGCUGCCCCCGGCCCCGCCUCGUGUCCGUGCACCGGACUCGUGUGUCCCCCCCCACCCGGCCGGGCACCCCUGAAGGAGCCGCGUGUGCUGGCACAGCCCGGGGCCGCGCCGCGGUGUCAGCCCUUUAUGCGGCCGCUGCGGACGGAGGCGUUUCGGGAGGGAGGAGAGGGGACAGUUAAAACCACAAACACAGCCGAGCACCCGGACCGUGACUGCGCCCUCGGGGCAGGACCCUGCGGGGUGCCCCGCGGCUGGGGGGGAUCUGCGCCGUGCACAGGGGGCUCCGGGGCCGGGCUCGGGGGGGUCUCCCCGUUGCCCUGUGUCCCCCCCCACCCCUCGGCAGCAGCCGCGGCACCGGCAGGGGAGGAGCAGCGGCACCGCAAGAUGGCCACCCUCAACAACCAUGGCGGCAGCGCCCGCAAACAAAAUGGCUGACGAGGAGGA